GUUACCACACAACACAUCUUCUCUUCCCCCAAAUCCCAAACCCUAAUUUUUAUAAUUUCUUAAAUUUUUAAUUUCGAUUUAUUUCAUCACAAGCUGAAAAAAUUUCCCCCAAUUCUCCACUCCUCCCUCAACCACUCACCGAAAAUUCCCCCUUUUUUUUUUCACAACAAGAAACCCAAAAGCGAAGGGGGAUUCCCUCUCUCUCACUCUACAUUUCUCUUUCUUUCUCACUCUAAAUCCAUGGAGAAAACCCUCGGGGAAGAAGAAAACCUACAUUGCUGAAAUUGCUGCAAUGGGGAAGCCGGAGGAUGGCCGCGCUUUGGCGAGUACUGCACUUGAUGCGCAGGGUACAACCCCCAGUGCAGGGGCUAGGGAUUCCUGCUGCUGUACUUUCCCCCAAUUCAUCUCUUUCAGAUGCGUCUUCGUUUUGCUGCUCGCUUUUGCUGUCCUCCUUUCGGCUCUAUUUUGGCUCCCGAUUUUCCGAUUCGGAGAUCGUGAGGAUCUGGAUCUGGACUACAGAGGUCACGAUAUAGUUGCGAGUUUCGUCCUGAAACAUCCGGCGACGUUUCUUGAAAAAAACAUCUCGCUACUCGAGGGCGAUAUCUUUGCUGAAAUGAGCUAUUACUAUACGAAAGUAGAGAUCAUUUCUCUAGAGCCCGCCGGAUCGAACAUGACGAGGGUCGUUUUCUCGGUCGACUCCGAUUGGGCCACCCGGAGCAUAAUUCGAGAGCUGUUUGUGACUUUAGUUACGCAGCAAUCGUUUCUUUCCCUCGGCUCCGGAAUGUUCGGCGAUCCGUCGUCGUUCGAAAUUCUCAAAUUCCGCGGCGGGAUAAUCAUAAGCCCGCCGGAGCAAAAAGCGUUCACGCUUCAAUCUGUUCAAAUCCUUUUCAACUUCACCUUGAACUUUUCCAUCGACGAAAUACUCGACAAUUUCGACGAGCUCGUGACCCAGCUCAAGACGGGGUUACGUCUCGCGCCGUACGAGAAUUUGUAUAUUAGCUUGAUUAAUUUGAAGGGCUCGACGGUGGCUCCGCCGACGACGGUGCGGUCGCAAGUUUACUUGGCGGUGGGAAUCCCGUCGAAGUCGAGGAUCAAGCAAUUGGCGCAAACGAUAACGGGAUCCCAUAGUAAGAAUCUCGGCUUGAACAACACCGUAUUCGGACGGGUCAAGCAAGUUAGUCUUUCGUCGAUUUUGCAACACUCCCUCGGAAGCGACGGGAGUCCGUCGCCGGCCCCGUCUCCGUCUCCUCUCCACCACCCUCACCACCGCCGCCACCACCACCACCACCACCACAACCCCGCCGUUUCUCCGAGUACGUCACCAUCGCCGUCCCGGGGCAGCCACGGAUCUUCGAGGGGGGGAGGGUCGGGUACAUCCGCCCCUACACCUACACCCGCACCCGUACCGGGUUCGGGAAAGAAUAAAGCGGCGCCGCCGCCGUGUCAUUUCGGAAACAGUCAUCGGUAUCCUUGGAAGCACAAUAAGCAUUCUCAUACGCCCCCGGGAUCUGCUCCGGAUGCGGGUGCCCCGACGCAACCGAAAAUGGGACAGAACCCGUCGUCGAAAAAGUCUCCGUCGCCGGUUCCGGCGAGUCCCCCGAAAAUUGCUCGCGCGGUUACUCAUCCGCCGUCGAAGGGCGUUGCGGUUCAUGCUAGACCGCCGGAUUCGAUGCCGAUGGUUUCUCCCGCCCCGUCGCCAUCCUCGGCGGGUGCUUUCUCCCCCGAUACGUGGGCUAUGCUGUCGUCGCCGCUGGUCCUACUUCUGUUAUAGCAGCAAGAAUCGUCAAAAAAAAAAAAAAAAAAAAAUCGAGGAAGCGCGAAUCUGUCGGGCCAGCAACGGUCCCAGGUAACCCGGAAAUGAGUAGUCGAAACUGGGAAGGAAUUUUGGUGGCGAGUGUGGUGCCGAAAUCGGCGCGGCCUCGCCGUGAGUGUAUUGUAUAUGUUGUUGUUGUUGUUGUUGUUGUGUUUUGUAAAUAUACGGUUAAAUGUGUCGGUGGCUAAAAUGCCGUGGGUCGAGUCCGGCUGGGUCAAAGUCAUGGCGGUGACGGGCCCACCGGUCGGUGGCGGCGGCGGCGAGCCACCGACUUGUGUAUGAUGAUGGUGGUGGUGGUGUUCUUCCUCAGAAAUUGGAGGGAGAAGUUGCCAAGAAAAAUGUAUAAACAUGAAUUUCAUGUCUUUCUUGAUCUUCUUUUGUUGCA